CGUGCGUAGGCUCCACCACUGGCUCCGAUAAACAUGUUGACGCCACACAGAUACCUGGCCGUCCUAUAGGCUAUCGUCCCCCUCAGGCGCGCUCCAGGAGAACGGCGUGUGCAGAUAGGCGACGGCUGCUGCUGAUGCGAGCUGUAUACGUAUAUACAGAGCAUCUGUGCCUUUAACUAUACGUGUUCAGUGCGCCUCUAUCACAGCCCGCAGUCAACUUCCCACAACUCCGACGCGCUCGGCGAGUAGACUAAAGACACCUUAACCGGAGAGACACUGGCUCACCUUCACAGCUAGACCCAUGGAAUGAUAACUAUGGAAUACCACUGGAUACUGCUGGCUGUGUUUUUGCAGUUAACCUUCCAUCCAGGCAGCACCAAGCCCACUAUCACCCCCGUCGGCCCCCACCUUGUUGUCCCGCUCAACGCACCCUUCGAGCUGCUUUGCCAGGGUGAGAAGGAGAUGCAGUGGCAGCGGGAGGACCGGCCGAAGGUGCGGGGAGAGAAAAAGAGCGCUGGGAUGUCCUCGCUGCGCAUCCCCAGGGCUCAGCCCGUCCACAUGGGCCGCUACAUCUGCCUGGAGGAGAGCUCCAAGGAGCAACUCUCCAUCUACGUCUAUGUGAAAGAUCCAGACAAUCCCUUCAGAAAAUCAAUGGUGUUCAACAUUCUCACUCGAGUGGGAGACAAUGCUUCCAUCUCCUGCCUGGCAACCGAUCCAAGUCUGGACAACCUGCGCCUGGAAACAUGUUCCGGUAGAGCUCUGGCCUCUGGUCUCCAGUUUACUGCGAGCCUGGAGCAAGGCAUCCUCAUCCACAACACGCAAAAGGCCUACGAAGGUUGCUACGUGUGCACGGGAAGACUCAGGGAAGAGCACGUCCAAUCACACGACUACUACCUGACAGUAAGACCAGUCCCCGUUGCUCCUCCUGUGAUUGAGAUGGCAACCAAAAGAGUGAUUCUCACUCGGGAUGAGAGUCUCUCCCUCACCUGCAACACCUCUAAUGUCAACGGAGAAAUCACACUAAAAUGGGUCACCCCGCCUGGCUCGGGUGCCGUCUGGUAUCCACAGCAACCAGCAAAGGUUGACGGUGCUUCGCGUAUCCUGACGGAGGACUUCACUCACGUGCGCAGCGCCACGUUGCACAAUGCGGCGGUCGGACAUCAAGACGCUGGGAGGUACCAAUGUGAAGCACAGAAUGAACGAGGGACCAGCUCGCGGUCAGUGUGGCUCGAUGUUUAUGAAAAGGGAUUCAUUAACUUAACACCCACAAUCAACGAAACCAUCCAGGUCCGUUCAGGUGAGAGUUUGCCCCUAAAUGUUGACAUGGAGGCUUACCCAAAGCCUCACACUUUCUCCUGGAGCUUCAUGGGCCGCGAGCUCAGGAACACAAGCGACCAUGUCAUCACCACACACAGCCAUGAAUACAGGUACAGCAGUGAGCUGAGGCUGGUGCGCCUGAAAAUGUCAGAGAGCGGAGUUUACACCUUUCAGGCCUCCAACGGUGACGCUUCAGUAAACCACACGUUCACCAUCUUUGUGAUCAGUAAACCUGAGAUCGUAUCUCGCGAGGGCCCAGUGGAUGGACAGGUACGCUGUGUGGCAGAGGGGUUCCCCGCCCCGCAGAUCACCUGGUACUACUGUGAGCAGCCCUAUGCCAGGUGCUCCCAACAGGUGAAUGCCACCCAGGAGGAGCGCAAUGUCAUCACCGUCACCCUGUUCAGCCCCCUGUUUGGGAAGACGGAGGUUGAGAGUCGGGUGAACGUAAGCAGAGGACGGUUCAGUACUCUGGAAUGUGUGGCUACGGUGGAGGGAGAGCAGGCCUACACACUCUUUUCUAUCAGCGAGAGAACUGUUCCCCAUGAUCUUUUCACCCCUCUGCUAAUUGGCUCUGUAUCAGCAGCAGGCAUCCUCUGCCUUGUCCUUAUAAUGCUGUUCUACAAGUACAUGCAGAAACCCAAAUAUCAGAUUCAGUGGAAAGUUAUCGAGGGCAUCCAUGGAAACAACUAUGUGUACAUUGACCCCACCCAGCUACCGUACGAUCACCAGUGGGAGUUUCCUCGAAACAACUUGCGUUUUGGGAAGACACUGGGAUCUGGUGCAUUUGGGAAAGUGGUGGAAGCCACUGCAUAUGGACUCUCCGAAGCAGAUUCAGUCAUGACAGUGGCGGUGAAAAUGCUCAAAACAAGUGCUCAUGCCACAGAGAAAGAGGCGCUGAUGUCAGAGCUGAAAGUUCUCAGUUACUUGGGAAACCACAUGAAUAUUGUCAACCUGCUGGGAGCCUGCACUGUUGGAGGCCCUACACUUGUGAUCACAGAGUAUUGCUGCUUUGGAGACCUCCUUAACUUUCUACGCAGAAAGAGGGAAUCCUUCAUCUGCUAUAAGCUUGAGGAAGACUGCUACUACCGCAACGUCAUGCCGCAGAGAGACGCAGCUGGUGGCAGCUUGAACGGCUACAUGUCCAUGAGGCCUUCUGCUGCCGGCAACCUGCCGUUCAGCUCAUCCUCAGAGAAGAGACGCUCACUACGCAAAGGUGACUCCUACGUCGAAGCAGAUGCAGAGAGUGAGAUGUUCGACGAGGAUGGUCUGUCUCUAGACACCGAAGACCUUCUCAGCUUCUCACACCAAGUGGCCAAAGGCAUGGAGUUCUUAGCCGCCAAAAAUUGCAUCCACAGAGACCUGGCUGCCAGAAAUAUCCUCCUGACUCAAGGAAGAGUAGCGAAGAUCUGUGAUUUUGGCCUGGCUCGAGACAUCAACACGGACUCCAACUAUGUCGUCAAAGGCAACGCUCGUCUGCCAGUGAAAUGGAUGUCUCCAGAAAGUAUCUUUGAGUGUGUGUAUACAUUUGAGAGUGACGUGUGGUCCUAUGGCAUCUUGCUUUGGGAAAUCUUCUCACUCGGAAACAGUCCUUAUCCGGGUAUGCCAGUGGACGCCAAGUUCUACAAACUGAUAAAAGAAGGAUACAGAAUGGAUGCUCCGGAGUUUGCACCCAGUGAAAUGUAUCAGAUUAUGAGGUCCUGCUGGGACGCUGACCCCUUCAACAGACCCCCCUUCAGGAAGGUCGUGGAAAGGAUCGAACAACAGCUAUCAGAUGCCACUAAACAUAUUUAUCUGAACUUUAGCUCCAAGCUUCCUGUGACGUCCAGAGCCAGGGAGGAACCCGGUCCUCAGGGCGCUCCGUUUCACCGUCUCAACUCAGCCAGCAGUAACAGCGGACCGACCCAGCCCUUACUGCUCCAGCACGAGGUCUUCCUCGAGGGGACAACCCUCAGAGCCCAACGGGUGUAAGGACCCACCCAACCUGUUGGGCUGCCUCAGAAAGUGCCUGUAAUGUUCCGCCACAAACUACCCAACCACUACACCCGCCCACCUCCCCGGUACCGGCAGCACGUGUUGCAGACACAUGGUAAUUGCCAUCUAUUACCAAAAACAAGAAAGGAGGAAUGGCUUUUAUCAUUGUUUUUCCUACCAUUGCCUACUGAUUACAGGGAGGAGAGUUGGACUAAUGCUCCCCUGCUCAUAGCAAAAACUCUAAAACUAUAUUAAGUACAUUAUUACACUGUUAUCGGUUUUGUUAUUUUGGCUACACAUUUCAUAAAAGGUUGUUUUGUUUCUUUCUAUCUAUUGGAGUUUUUUUUUCUAUUCUGUGGUUUUUCUGUCAUGGAUAUUUAUGUAGCGUAUUUUUUUAGUUUUUUGGGGGGUUGGCGGUUGCAAUUGUUUAUAGGGAAAGCACUUGAGGCACUUGAACUUCAUGUCACUACACACACCACAUAAUGCAGCUUUCGUUUCUUUCUUUUUUUUACUCUUUUUGUUUUCAGUAUUAUUUCCAACUGUUGCGAUCUACGUUGUUACGAAGGAGAUAUUUUGGGGGCCAAUUUAAAUGUAGAUAUGGAGAGUGGUAUAUAAGCUAUUAGACAGCAUGGUCGGUCAUGCUUAGGGUCCGUAAGUGCUUCAAGUCGAUAAGGAAAUACAUUUCCGCCCUUUUAAUGUUGCCGUCAAUGCUACAGAACUGUCUUUACUAGAUCUGUUACCACAUGACAUGGGUCAGCCCACGAUUACACACUCACAGUUGUCUUCAGAGAUAUGGUUCAGACAUGGUACGCUAGCUUUUCAUUUAUGUGCUUGUUGACUGUAUAUGUGUACAUAUCUGCAGGUAAUGAUAUUAGUCAUUGCUAUACAAUGCGAUGGACAAAGAUGGACAAAGAAGACAUUCUGAGAAGCCUUGGCAUUCGUCUUAGCUUUGUUAAGCAUGUGAUGCAGGUGUAUAGUUUGACUUUUUGACACCUGGACUGCUGGAAAGUUCUUUUGUAAAGGUGUAAAUAACUGUUUGGGUUUAUAUGGUUUGCUCUACUGUCACAUCCAGUGUAUGGUCUUUGUUUACAAGCAGUAGACAGGUACUACCAUUUCUGACAUGUCUUUUUUUUUUUCUUCCACUUUGUGAAGGACCAGGAAAUGGGAACCUUUGCGUUUUGCAAUUGGUGUGUGUUUUGCCCAUGCUAACGCUGUAGUUCCCCAUUUUACAGUAUUAGGGCUGCACCUUACUAAUUAUUUUCAUUAUGAAUUAACGAUUGUCGAUUAUUUUUUCGAUUAAUCGAUUAGUUGUUUGGUCUAUAAAAGGUCAGAAAGUGUUGAAAAAUGUUGAUCGAAGCCCAAGAUGACGUCCUCAAGUGUUUCUUUUGUCCACCACUUUCAAAGAUGUUCAUUUCACUGUCACAGAGGAGAGGACUAGAAAAACAUUUAAGAAGCUGCAAUCAGAGAAUUUAGAAAAUUACUCAAACCAAUUAAUCCAUUAUCAAAAAAGUGGCCGAUUAAUGUAAUAGUUGAAAACUAAUCGAUUAAUCUUUGCAGCUAUAUACAGUUUACAUCAUAGCUAAAGUCAGGGUGAUGUGCAUGUGAAAUUUCAUUAAGUAGACUCUGCAUUGUUCCCUGCGAGUGGCGACAAGCUAGUCGGUCAUCAAGGCUCUCUGUUCAGACAUCGCCACUGGGUAGUACAGCGCUCCGUUUCAGUGUGUGGGUCAUCUCAUUGUUUUCUGACCAGUAGCUGGUUUCCCAGCAGUCCUUCUCUUCUUUGUAUCCAGCUGUUUCCUCCAUCAGAAGUGGGACUUUUCAGCACCUCACAGCCAGUAGUCUGUAUCAGCCCAGACCAUUAUAAUUCCCCUCUUCCUACUGGUGGAGGUUGUUGUGAAGAGCACCAUUGUGUGUGUGUGUGUGUGUGUGUGUGUGUGUGUGUGUGUGUGUGUGUGUGUGUGUGUGUGUGUGUGUGUGUGUG